AUGAAGUUUUCUACUAUUGCUGUUGCGCUUGGUUCUGCUUUCGCUACUGUUGCCUCUGCUUUUGAAAAUAUCCGAUCUCCUGACUAUCAAUUCAAUGUUACUUCUCCUUUGGUAAAUGGCACUUAUAUUACUGGAUAUAUUCUUCCCUACAGUUUUAUUCCUACUUCUCCUACAGGUGUGAAGCUUAAUCUCUAUCUCAGAUCUGUGAAUGGUUUCAAGAAUGAGACUAUAGUUGCAAACGAUGUUAGUAGUUCAUCUUUUGUUUAUCCCAUCACUGUUGAUGGUAAAGUUUAUAACCAAUUCUCUGUUAAUUAUCGUAUCCCUAACACUACUAUUCCUGGUCCCUAUGAGGCUGUCUUCCAAAAUGUUAAUACCAACAUAAACACAACUAUUCCUAUUGUUAUUAGUCAUCCUAUUUUCAAUACUACCUCUACUGCUUCCAAUAGAACUACUCUAAUUAUUCUUUAAUCCCCCCCCUCUCCUCCUCCCCUUAGUUAGCCCUAAAUAGCAUUUCUUUUCUUUUUUUCCCUCUCUCCCCCUUAUAUUAUUUAGAUACUAAUAUGUAUAUACCUAUGUGUAUAUAUGUAUGUGUAUUCUGUAGGCCAUUUUUUUCUUUCUUUUUUAUUACAUUAUUAUCUAAUAAAUGUACAUAGUCUGUGCACUUUU